AUGCCGCGCGCGUUCUUGUUCCACGUCCUGGGAGUCUGGCUGCUGCUGAGCCAGGUUCCCAGAGCAAUCUCAGCCGGCUGGAUGGACGAAGUCAUCAAGCUGUGCGGCCGCGAGUUAGUCCGCGCCGAGAUCGACAUCUGCAGCAACAUGUACUACUACUACUACAGGGAGAGGACAGGGGUGAGGCAGAAGGAGACCCCUCGCAAGUCUGGACCACCUGCAGAAAUCACGCCAUCCUCCAUGUAUGAAGACAGUACUUCACCAUCAGAAUACCUCGGCUUUGGUACUCAUUCCCGAAAAAAGAGACAGAUCCAUCGCCCACUGAAUCAGCAAUGUUGCAACUUUGGUUGUACCAGAAGACAAAUUGCUAGAGCAUGCUGAGAUAAAGCCAACUGUGUAUAUCUCUUCUAAUGUUCACGUGUAUUCUUGAUGACAUUUUCACUGAUGCCUCUGUCAGGCCUCACUGAUUAUUGGAACAUGAGAAGUCACUGUUAACGUUUAGACUUUUCAUUUGGUAUGUUAGAAAGUAUUAUAGUUUCUGUCAGUAAUAAAUUUUAUGCUGAAACCUUUUUCUUUCUUAUUAGCAGUAUGACUACGUCAUUGUUUUUAAUGCUGGUAACUUAAAAUUACAAUAAAAUCUUUAUUAACUUUC